GCUUCCCAGCAGCCUCCCUCUAGCAGCAGUACGACAGCUCUCCUCCCCCUGAAGCAAUGAACAGGGAAGAAGGAGCAGGCCGGAGCCUGAAGGCAUGGUUGCAGGACAAGUACUGUGAUCACCCAUCAGAACAAUGCCAGGAUACCCGUUUGCACAAUGCCGCCUGUGUGGGGGAUAUUGACACCCUGAGGAGCCUUCUACGGGAUGAGAGGUUUCUAAGGUGUAUAGAUGAGCGAGCUGUGUGGUGUAGCGGCUGGCUGCCCUGUUCUCCCUUGCGCAUUGCAGCCACGGCCGGACAUGCUGACUGUGUGGAGCUCCUGAUCCGCUCUGGGGCGCAGCUGGAGCUGGUUGAUGUGAAGGGGCAGACCCCUCUCUAUGUGGCUGCAGAAAAUGGACACCUGGAAUGUGUGAAAGUUCUGUUACGAGCAGGGGCAGACCCAAACGGCAGUCCCCAUAAUAGGAGCUCCCCUGUAUACCAUGCUGCACGUGUGGGCCGGGCUGACAUACUGCAGGAAUUGAUCAAGUAUGGUGCCGAUGUCGAUGUGGAUCACCAGCUGUCUUUUCGUGGUUCUGGCUCCUCCCCUCGAUUGCUGACAUCUCUUGCCUCCUGUCCGCUCUAUAUUAGUGCAGCUUAUCACAAUCUAGCCUGCUUCCACCUCCUGCUCCAGGCUGGUGCAAACCCAGACUAUAACUAUUGGGGAAAAGUAUGCGAGGAGAACUUUCCAAGAGGGGCUCCUUGUUGCUUACUAGAGGCAGUUCUGCGGCAUGGAUGUGAUCAGCAAUUUGUGCAGCUUCUUGUUGACUUUGGGGCAAAUCUGAAACUUGUGCGGGGAGAGCCAUGUGCAGAGGAACAUCCAAGGAUAAGUGUGAACCCCACAGCCCUUCAAGUUUUUAAUGAAGCUAAAGCUUGCCCUUGCUCACUUUCCAGCCUGUGUCGUAUCAUAGUGAGGAGAGCACUUGGAAAACAGAGAUUGUCUUCUGCCUGCAACCUUCCUGUUCCACCCCGAGUGUUGUGCUUCCUACUCCAUGAACUGCCUUGAUUUUCCUCACUACAGUCAAGUUGUACAGAGUGCAGCCGGAUACCAAACUCUCUGAAAGAAGUCUUCCACAAACAUCUACAUAGCUAAACCUACAUUUAAUGUCUAUGAAUUGAGCAUAUUGACUGAUAAGCCUGUGAUCAUAUACAUGAAUGUCUAAUUCUAGUGUCAUCAGAGAAGGUGAGCAGGACUUGCCUUUCCUGCCCUGCCUGUGUUUUGAAAUGGGCAUUUGCUCAAACAGACCUUUAUAGGAAGAGUAAAUUAUUAAAGGUUUGAUCAAA